AUGAACAAUAUCACCGAAGGGGACGAUCAUGUCUUACAUUGGAUGAUUCAAGGGCUGUUCGGAAUGUUUCUAUCGACUCUCAUUCUUGUUGCCGAAAAACUUUUGAUUCAGAUCAUCGCCAGUAAUUUCCACCGCCGGUCAUAUGAAGAUCGAAUUCGCGAACAGAAGCAGGCUAUCCGUGCUCUCGUGACAUUGUAUAUGAACAGCCAUGACAUCGGGCGCUCCGAUACGCUGGAUCGCGGUUAUUUGGCUGGCGGUAGAGGUGCUGACCCCGCUAGAGUUCUUCGCAAAGCCUUGAAGGGUGUUAAACAAGUUGCCAAGUCUACUACCACUGUCUUUGGCACUGUAGCUUCCGAGAUAGCUGGCGAGCGGAUCCUUCAACCCAACUCACCCGCCUCGAUGGUCCUCUCUGCGCUCUCCUCCGCCAACAAAACUCGACAACUCGCUCGCAGGAUCUAUUACAGCUUUGUUCCCACUCACUAUCGAACAAUGAUGGUUUUGAGUGACAUUGGCAAGUUUUUUGACAACGAAGACCAGUCCCGAGAAGCUUUUGAAAUCUUCGACAAGGACGAAAAUGGCGACGCCAGUUUGGAAGACAUCGAACUGGCUUGCUUGGAUAGCAUGCGUGAUCUUGACAGCGCCGUUGGGCGAUUAGAUUCGAUUCUAAUGUUUAUAUGGUACUUUAUAUCGUUACUCAUAAUAAUUGCAUUGCUGGAUGUGUCAUUCCAAACGAUGCUUGCUUCUGCGGGAACACUCACACUGGGUCUGAGUUGGUUGAUCGGAGCCACCGCGCAAGAAGUUCUGUCUUCCGUUGUUUUUCUGUUCAUCAAGCACCCUUAUGAUAUCGGAGAUCGCGUUGAUGUCGACGACAUCACCUACGUGGUAAAAGAAAUGCACUUGUUGUAUACUAUUCGACGGUCAGGUGCCAUCAGCGAAUCAUUCACGUGGGAUGUUGACUUCAACACCUCGUUUGAUAUGAUCGAAGCUUUGAGAGAGAAAAUGCUUGCCUUCUUACGGACCGAACGACGCGAAUUCGUACCGUCUAUCGACAUCUCAGUUGAAGACUUCGAGGGUCAAGCCAAAAUGACUUUACAGGCCGACAUAAAAUACAAAUCAAACUGGCAAAAUACAGGGUUAAAAACUCAGAGGCGAAACAAAUGGGUGUGCGCAUUGAAACAAAUCAUGGCCGAGUUGGAAAUGUGGGGACCGGAUGGAAGUGGAAACCCCGACCCACCACCCAGCCCCACCCUUAUUCGUCUACUUGAAGGCCCACCUCCAUUGCCUCCCGCGGACAAGACCGAGUCUCCCUCGCGGCGUACACCAGUGAGGUCUGUUCAAUUCGGCGAAUCGAGCCUGGCAACUGAUCUCUGGCUAGAUGAGCCUCUCGAUACGUCACCACCUCUUCCUCCGCAUCCGCCACCUGCUCAUGUUCCAAUUGACAUAAAUCGAGGGCCUUCUCAACUUGGUACAGACAUCGAGAUGCAAUUUCAACGUCGAAACUAA